CCAGACAGAAGACGCGCGCACAUGGCUCCAUCCCUUGUUCAACCUACUGUACUAGCUUAUAAAGACAACCAACAUCACGCCAAGGAGACACACGCGGGAAACACUGGGUGGAUGUCUCGCAAAUGAAAAAGCCUGGGAUCUUGACAUCAGGUAAAGAAUCACUAUGGAGAUGAAACCUUCAUUGAAGAAGUUGGGCUCAAUAAUACGUGCCAUCCUCACCUUCACCUUUGCUCUGAUGGUCCUGGGCUUGAUGGUGUGGGCCUACGUUGACGGUUUCCAGCUGGUGACCUCCAUGUAUGGGAUCAUCUCCUUUGGCUUUUAUGGACUACUCCUCUCACUCCACGUGUUGGUCCAGAGCCUCUUCGCCUUCAUCGAGCACCGGCGAAUGAAAGCUCGCACAGAACCGUGCAGCUGCACCAAAACCAUCGGCUUCACUAUAUCAGCCUACCAGGAGGACCCUGCCUAUCUCAAAGAGUGCCUCCUCUCCAUCAGGGCCCUCAAGUACCCUCCUGAGCUGCUGCGCAUCAUCAUGGUGAUAGAUGGGAACUCAGAUGAUGACCGGUAUAUGAUGGACAUGUUCAGGGAGGUGUUUGCAGACCUGGACCCCGCCUGUAUGGUGUGGAAAAACAACUACCAUACAUGGGACCCCACCAAGGUCCAGCACGAUGAGGAAAAGGGCCCAAUAGGAGAUGCUGAUCAUAUGAGUGAGGAUCCACAGCGAAAAGAGGUAGAGCACAUGAUCCAGACCAGGCGUUGCGUGUGCAUCAUGCAGCAGUGGGGUGGCAAGCGGGAAGUGAUGUACACAGCGUUCAAAGCACUCGGGUCAUUAGUUGACUAUAUACAGGUGUGUGACUCAGACACCAAGCUGGACUCUCUGGCCACCGUUGAGCUGUGUAAAGUGUUGGAAAGUAACGAAAAGUACGGUGCUGUUGGAGGAGAUGUGAUGAUCCUCAACCUGAAAGACUCCUACAUCAGCUUCAUGAGCAGUUUGAGGUACUGGAUGGCUUUCAACAUCGAGAGGUCCUGCCAGUCCUACUUCGACUGUGUGUCCUGCAUAAGCGGUCCUUUGGGUCUGUACAGGAACGAUCUCCUCCAACAGUUUCUGGAGGCUUGGUACAAUCAGACAUUUUUGGGAAGUCACUGCACAUUUGGUGACGACAGACAUCUUACCAACCGGAUGCUGAGCAUGGGCUACGCUACAAAAUACACAGCCCGCUCCAAAUGCUACACGGAGACACCUGCUCAGUUUCUGCGCUGGCUCAGCCAGCAGACUCGCUGGACAAAAUCGUACUUCCGCGAGUGGCUCUACAACGCAAUGUGGUGGCACAAGCACCACCUCUGGAUGACCUACGAGUCCAUCGUCUCUGGCAUUUUCCCCUUCUUCGUCACCGCCACCAUCAUCCAGCUGUUUUGGACCGGCUCGCUGUGGGACAUCCUCUGGAUCCUGUGCUGCAUCCAGCUAAUCGGGCUGGUGAAAGCGGCUUACGCCUGCAUCCUGCGCAGAGAUCUGGUGAUGGUGUUUAUGUCCCUCUACUCGGCUCUGUACAUGACCAGCCUGCUGCCUGCCAAAUACUUUGCCAUUCUCACCAUGAACAAAAGCAGCUGGGGAACAUCAGGCAGGCGUAAGAUUGUAGGCAACUACAUGCCCGUUCUCCCUCUGUCAGUGUGGGUAGCCAUUUUAUUAAGUGGGUUCGGUUACACAGCCUACAAGGAAAGUCAAAGGGACUGGUUCACUCCAGCCAAGAUACAGGAGACCACAUUCAUCAUCUUUGGCUGUUUGGCAUACAUAUGCUACUGGCUGCUUAUGAUCUUCCUCUACUGGGUCUGGUUCCGCAAGUCAUGUAGGAAACGCGCCCGAAGUUACGCAUUGAGUGUUUAGGUCCAAUGUUGAAUUAACCUUAUUUUAUUCAAUGGGUUUCAUUUAUUUAUUUGUAUUCAGUGGGUUUAAUUUAUUUAUUUUGUCCCACAUUUCAAUAACACACAGUGAAAUUUAGUCUCUGCAUUUAACCCAUCCUAGUAUUAGGAUGGGUGGGCAGCUACUAUACAGCACCGGGGGAGCAGUUUGGGGGGUCCAAUGCUUUGCUCAAAGACACCUGGGCAGUGCCCAGGAGGCGAACAGGCACUUCUCCAGCAACCAGCAACCAGUCCACAGUCCGUUCUUGCUACUGCCGGACUGAGAUACUGCCGCCCCCCCAUGCAGCUUCAAGCAGCUGCUAAACCAACAAACUUUAAAUGUUUCACAAAAUCUUGUUAAUAUUGAUGACAAAAAUAUAACUAAUAUAUAUAUAUAUAUAUAUAUAUAAGGACAAAUGUUUGAUUCAUAUGGAGAUGUUGUUGCACAUUUAAAUGGAACUGUAUGAGGGCUUUUGGGCCCAUGCACUUCUCAGGUUUCUCUUUGUCAGAUUAUGAUGGGAGAGAUGGCCUUCCAUCAGAUAUUUAUUCAUGAUGUUAAAAAUUGGAAAACUACUAUUUAGAUUUAGAUUUGUUUUUGUAUUUAAAGGCGUGGGUAAUGGAUCUUGGGUUAUGUGUCUUUUAAAAAUCCGAUUUGUCCAUGUAUGUGUAUAUACUGUAGAUUACUUUAACAACACAAUGAAUGCCACUUGCUUGACUGUGUCAGUUUAGUGACCAUUACUUCACCACUGUUGUUGUUAAUGCACUGGAUCCUGGAGGGCACUUUCUGCAGAUUUACUUGAAAAUACAGAGAAUGGCAUUUAUAAUGUUGCGUAGUGGGAGAAAUGCACCGUGCCUCCAUGCGAAAACUGGACAAAAAUAAGGAUGCUGUAGUCAAGGAUCAAACCAUGGAGUCACUUACUGAAGCCUGAAACAAUGGAGACUGAUGUUUCUUUUCAUAUUGUAUUUUAUCUAGCUGCUGUAUUCUCUUGAUAAUACUUUGUUUAAUUUGUAGGGCUGCCCCCUUUUAGUCUAUUAGUCGACUAAUCGGUCAUUUCAUGCUUGGUUAACUAAAAUUUCUUUAGUUGAUUAUUCUUUUUUUUAAUGCUUUUUUAAUGCUGACUUAUUUCUAAGAAACUUAUGAGCUCUGAUCUCUGGUAAACGCAAGAUAUAAGGUGGUGCUUUUGUGUGAUUCUUUGCUGAGAAACUCAGUGCUACAGAUCUGUCGAUCAACUAAUCAAUUAGUCAACAAAAUUGUAUGAGUGUUAGUGGACUGCAAAUUUCUUUGGUCGAAGACAUUGAUUUGACAUUACAGAGGAAAAUGGACAAAAACAUCGCUUUUUAAAAAUAAAAUAUAUAUAUAUAUGUAUAUUGUAAACAAUACAAUGUUGUUAUGGCUGGAAAUUGUCUGAAAAUGUGAACAAUUUGAUGGUUUUGGAAACAUGAAUAGACAUUUAGAAAAUAAAUAUUUUUUUAAUGUG